UCUCCCGAGUGCACAACAUCGAGUGUUGCUAUUCCUCCUUCUCUUCUUCUUCCUCGUUCUGAGUUGAUCGAUCGAUGGCAAAGGAUGUGGAGGCCGGAGGGCGCGGGGAGUACGGCGGGAAGGACUACAGUGACCCACCGCCGGAGCCGCUGGUGGACGCCGAGGAGCUGACCAAGUGGUCCCUGUACCGCGCGGCGAUCGCGGAGUUCGUGGCCACCAUGUUGUUCCUGUACGUCACGGUGGCCACCGUGAUCGGGUACAAGCACCAGUCCGACCCCGCCGUGAACCCGACGGAUGCCGCAUGCAGCGGUGUCGGCAUCCUCGGCAUCGCAUGGGCCUUCGGCGGCAUGAUCUUCAUCCUCGUCUACUGCACCGCCGGCAUCUCCGGUGGGCACAUCAACCCCGCGGUGACGUUUGGGCUGUUCUUGGCGCGCAAGAUUUCGCUCGUCCGCGCCCUCCUCUACAUGAUCGCGCAGUGCCUGGGAGCCAUCUGCGGCGUCGGGCUCGUCAAGGGAUUCCAGUCCGCCUACUACGUCCGCUACGGUGGCGGCGCCAACGAGCUCAGCGACGGUUACUCCAAGGGCACCGGCCUGGCCGCCGAGAUCAUCGGCACCUUCGUCCUCGUCUACACCGUCUUCUCUGCCACUGACCCCAAGCGCAAUGCCCGCGACUCCCACGUCCCGGUUCUUGCUCCUCUUCCAAUUGGGUUCGCAGUGUUCAUGGUCCACUUGGCCACGAUUCCGAUCACCGGCACCGGCAUUAACCCGGCGAGGAGCUUCGGAGCGGCCGUCAUCUACAACAAGGACAAGGCCUGGGAUGAUCAGUGGAUGUUCUGGGUGGGGCCGUUCAUCGGCGCCGCUGUUGCUGCAGCCUACCACCAGUACAUCCUUAGAGCCAGCGGCGCCAAGGCUUUGGGUUCGUCUUCCUCGAUCUGAAGGUCGUCGGUGGAGCAUGGAAUUGUAGAUAAAAAGAGAUGGCUCUUAAAAAUGCUGGAUGUCGUCUCUGGGGUUCACCUUGGAUUUGGGUGUUGUGACGUCUCUCUGCGCUUUCUUUUACUUCCACUUCCACUUGUACCUGCAAUAAAAAUAUGCUUGUCAAUCAA